GAAACGUAAUGACAGGCGACGUACCAUGACCACUUAUACUUUUGUCCACGGGAUAAUCAUACGUUUUACGAUAUUAUACUUAUUCCUUAACUACAGAUAAUAACAACAUAAUGCACAAUAAUACGGUUGAAGAUUUAUGCCUUUGAUCGUUCUAAACUUGACCGUGAAUGGCCGAAUUUCUUGACCGAAUAAAUUAAUAAUAAAAGUAUUUAUGACCACUUUUAUAUCGUCAAAGUUCAUAGACAGGAAUGCGAUUCGAUAGAAAUGUUACUCAAAGCAAACAAACUGCUAGCUUUUAACAUGCCUGCCUUUUAUCUCAUAUAUUCUCAUAGUACUUCUCGUGCUUGAGGGCGGAUUUUUCCUUUUUUUUUUUUUUUUGCAGGGAACGUAAGUAUGGUCUUCAAGUAGGAAUGUAAUUCUUUUAUUUCGGUCCUUCGUAUUGCUUAAAUUAUUUAAUCUCUUUAUCAUUCGUCGAUAUCAGGAAUCGAUCAUUUCUUGUAAAAUAAUACAAAUUUUGGCUAGAAAUAACAAAUAUGUUGGAUUUCUCACUUUGCAAAUGAAUGCCAACGAAAUUUCAAAGUUUCGCCUAAUGCGUAUUAUAUAUUUGUAAAAAGAUUCCGUGGUAAGGAUUUGAAUACUUUCGUGAGCCAUUCAGUCACUCGAAUACGUAGGUGUCUAUUAAACGCUUAAUUCUCUACAACGAUAUUUCGGUUCCAUUGCAACCAGUGCUGCCUAAUUUCUAACUUGGUGAUAUCGUGUGAGUAUUCUUCACGGUUAAUGAGAAAUCCAGGCAAUAACUACGGAUUUAUAACCAACAAAAUUUCAACCCACCUCAUCCAAAGGUUUUAUGAGCAACUUAUCGUCGAAGAUGAAGUGGCAUAUGUUAUCUAUCGUAAGAAGAUUUUAACACGAUGAUGAACAUAUAUUAUAAAUAUAUAUUUGAUGAUAAAUAAAUUAAGGGACAAGUAUAAUUUUAACGAUUACGCGAUAUUAAUAUAUUUUAUCACACGUUAUAAAUUCGUACGACGAUAUAACAAAUUGAUAAAAAUUGCUAGAUAUCAUAUGAUUCUGAAAUUAUCAUUAUAAAAUAUUUAUAAUUAAUAAUUUUAAAAUAUUUACAAUAAAGGAUUUAUUAUCAUAUAUUUGCUUCCCACUUGCUAGCUUAUAUUAAUCGAUCUGUGAAGGUUUUUUGAAACAAAUAUUGAUAACAAAUGAAACAUCAUAUCACAUUGUAUGAUAAAAGAAUUGAAAGAAGAAAUUGUGAAAUGAAAUUUCUCAAGAGUCAAAUAUACUUAUACAUGUUAUAAUACACAUAUACUUAUAAUUUUUAUACUGUAUAUAAUCCGACAAUUAAACAUUAUUUCUACGUACGUCAUUAUUUCUAUAAAUUCGAUAUAAUAUUAUAAUUAUCAUUGUAUCGUAAUAAGUUACGCGAAACUAAUAAUUCAAUACACAACGUACAAUACAAAAAGUAUUGUCACGUAUCCUUGUUUUCCAAUGAAGCAGCGUUCUUUCUAUCGUUCGUUCUAUCGCACAUUUCGUUUUCAUAGUAUCGAAUUUUUACUCAUUUAAUAGUACUACUAAAUGGCGCGAAAUUCAACAAUGAAACGACGCCAAUUAAUUAAUUGAUAUGUAAACCAAUUUUUGUUAGCCAAGUAUUCCAAAUUCGUGUUUUCAAAUUAUAGCAGCUCGAUGAUUACUAUUCCUAUGUCGGUUUCCGCAGACUGCCUGGCACCUGAACAUUUAGCAGUUUCUCGAGUUACACGGAACUCCUUUUUCUGUCAAGCGGAUGUUAGAAAUGUACGAACACAGGCAUACGUGACUCGAUAUAAAUAACUUGAAAAAGAAAAGCAAACAGUGGCGAUGAUUAAUGGGAUCAUCGUAGUCGACCCCUGAAAAGAGAACCUAACACUCUCGAAAAUACGUAGAACGAAGAUUGCCACCAAAUUUCAUCGUCGCUAUUCUUUCUCUCGUGUUUUCUUAGGUGGAUCCUGAAUUGACUUAUAUGCUCACUGACGCAGUAAUGUUUGAGGUACUUGCGAUGAAAUUUUCAUAACGAAGAAGUAGACAAAAUAUCUUUACAUUGGUAUGUCUUGUUAAAAAUGCGAAGAACUUUUGUCAUAUAUGUAAUUAUUGAAAAUAUAAAAUAUGUAAUUAUCGAAAAUAAAAGUUUCCAAUAUGAUGUCACUUCGUUUUCGAGAAAAUCGAAUUUCAAGAUUUAUCAAAUAUAUUUUUAACCUGACUAAUUACCGACUAAGUACGAAUAAGAGAGUAUUCGCAUAAACAUCCGCAGUCUAUUUAUUAUAAAUUAUAGACAUCAUUUAUACGUCUGUAUUAAAAAAAAAAAAAACAUUUUGACGAUUAGUAACGAAGCAAUAUUUAUUGCAAAGUAUUUUAUCGCAUAUUAUCUCCUCAAAAGCGCAGCACUUUUAUGAUCUAAACGCGUAUUUUCGCAACCAGGUAUUCAAAAGUAAAAUUACCGUAGAAUUUAUCCUAGUGGAAAUUGAAUUUUCCGAAUGAAGAUCCCUAAAGAUCUCCUAUUAAGAGAUUCUGGGAAGAAGUAGCUUUUACAUCUAAACGGAAGAUUUUUAUUCUACGCUUAUACCAAUAUACAACGUGCAAUAAUUUUUAUGAAAAAAAAAGCUGAGGAUAUUAAUCAUAAAAUAUAAAAAAAUUUGCGGAAACGAUGUUACGAAUAAUGAUUAUUGCACUUUGGUUACUCAGAAUGGUGUAAAGUAUUGUUUUGCAAAACGGUGUUUCCGAUGCUCUGAGAAAGAAAGACGAUUAAAGGCAAUCUCCUUCGUGGAGGGACUUAUGUCCGUCAAAUUUAUUUUUUAAUUUAUAAUCUUAACUAUAAAUAAAAAAAUCAAUAAACAUAAUUUUCUAUCGAAUGAGAAGUUUUUUAGAAAAACAUUAUCGUCGAAGUACUGAAUAACUUUCAUUCAAAUUUCAUAUUAGUUUGUCAGUCAUUUGAAGCAAAAGUUGUACUAUUCGUAGUGAUGAAACAUAAACAUCAAAGCCAAAGACCUAAUCCAAAACGAAAUAACAUUUUCCCCGCCGAAAAGUACUACGUGCGAUCUAAAUGCUAUUACGAGCGACCGAAAUAAAUUUCCCUCGUCUAUAAGGUUUAUCUGGAAUGAGAAAGAUUUUCUGGUCACGUAUAAUUAUUAUUUGUAACCAAAAACAUUUUGGUCGAAAACAUAAUUCUUAUUCUAUAGCUCUUUUUUUAUUUUGGUUAUAACAGUCAUAGUGUCUGAUUUCUUCGUAUUGUUUGUAGUACUAUUAUUACCAUUAAUUAUAGAAGAUGUUUAAAAGGGAGAUCUGCGUCUUGAAGAAGUUACAGUAGUCACCGAGAGGGCUAAAAAAUGCGUAAUCAACAGAAGUCAUAAAAACAUAGUUAACGCCCAAAGUAGUCUAUAUCUUGUAAGUACUGGCCACUUGGUUCUCUCUUGUUGAUCAAGAUCUGUUCGGAUUGGUUGGACUUGACAGAGCUGUACGAGAAGAUUUGUCUGUCCUUUCAGCCCUACUCCAGCCCCACAUCUCGUAUUCUCCAACUGCACAUCUAUUCUGAUUUCCGCUAGCCUGUCGCAGCGUGGCCGUGUGUGCUUGUUUGACAUUUACAAGUUAGUGCUAAUACAAUUCACAAGUAGCGGGUGAUCUUACAACAACUUUGGCAGUAAGAUUUGUUUCGAGAUUCUUGUCUCUUUCGAUCAGUUCCUCGAGUGAUUAAUUGUUUAAUCAGUGCAUUUACGUGAUUCGUUUGAAAAGAUUAAAGCUUUCACACUACCUGUUAGUCAUUUAUUUUCGACACCUGUGACAGCUGUCCAAUUAAUAAUUACAUUUGCCAUUUAUCAGGUAAGCGUUACAAUAUUUUUACUCGAUACACGUAAAUGAUAGUUUUAUCUUCAUUUUAUUUUUCCGAUUAUUUUGUUAAUUGUAUAACGUGGUAAAAAAAAAAAAAAAAAAAAGAGGUGAAUGACUCGAAGAACUUGUAGCACUCGCUGAGAGGAGUAAAUAAUGUCUAAUUAGCAUAAUUGGUAGAAACAAUCCUGCAACAUAAACUUUUAUUAUUUACGACCAAUCGAUAUCGUAAGUGAGCCUUUCCCUAAUUUGAAAAGUUUUUUUUCAAAAUGUGAUCUAUCUAUCCAGGGAUCUAUGAUCUCUAGAUAUGAGUUUUGUAUAAAAAAUGGGAAAAACCAUGCAUCUAUUAUAACAAAUAUGAACAACUUUGAAACAAAGCAAUCUUCAUUAAUAUCGGUAAUAAUUAGCCUGUGGAUUUUAUGCAUAUUUCGCAAUCUGAUGCAAAACCGCGCAAACUGUAUAUAUAAUUUGCAAAAAUAUAUGAUAUACCUACAGCAGAAUACUGUCAUAAUUUUGUAAUAGGUAAAACUUUUCACGUCUAAUAAUAAGUUUGAUAAUCUUGCGUUGACAAUCUCUACAUUAACGUAUUACGAAGAAAUUCACUUACGACGUCGAAAAAUUGAUUUUAUGUCGAAAGGACUACUAGGACCUAUAUUGAUCGGACAUAUUUUGAUUGUAUCUUUUUUUUAACGAUCUGUAUAUCUAACAAUGAGAUCCGCAGGCCCACCGUUCACGCAGCGGCGCUUCAUAAAGGCGUAAACGCAGUCUAUCAGACGCGACGAUACGUCUAACGCCGACGUUCAUACGAAGCGUACGGUAUGAUACAUUUUGUCUGGCAAAAUGCGAAGCGACGAGGAAGACGCGUUUAUCCUACAUCGGCAGAUUCGUUUAUAACCGCAACCUGUCGCAUCGUACACGUACUGACAAUGUUAACGCCAGUCGUCACGAUGAAAACGCGUAACGACAAAGACGAGUCGCUACUGUUUCAUGGACAGGUGCACAUUACUUUACAAUUUACAAUGACCGCUACAUGCAAGCGUAUUGUUAACAUUAACGCGUCUAAUGCGCUUUCUAUGAAGCGACGCUUCGUGGACACAGUGGGUCUUAAGCCGAAUUUAUACUGUUUCACUUGGAAGGAACACGGCGGAUGAACGCUGCUUUCAUUCUUCUUCCAUCCGUGUAUAAAUGUGUUCGUGUGUUCAGGUGUUCCAUACACGGAUCAAAGCAGCGUUCAUCCGCCGUGUUCCUUCAAAGCGAAACAGUGUAAAUUCGGCUUUAGUCUCUCAGAUAUUACGUUUUAAUACCUUUCGUCCCUACGAUGAAAUCGUCUAAUAAGCGAGAAUAAAAUUUUCCUUAUUUUAGAUGAGAUGUCUUGGUUAGAAAAUAUAGCUUCGACAGACCAACAAUAUUCCGAAAAUGUUUUCGAUAUCCCGUCAAUGCCCCUGACGCCGACUUCUUCUCAGAUGAACGUUCAGAGCCCUUGUUUUCCUGGAAACCGGGAUCCCCCGUUGAAUCACGGAUAUCUUUGGAAUAACUUUUCCAAUCCUUGCAAUAUUUCAACGUCAGUUAACACGUUGAAUGAUCGUGGAUUGUCACCGUUUCAUAGCGCAAAUAUCCAGCAUUCCAAUAGUAAUCGAAAUUAUCGAAUAUACAGGUACAGAUAAAAAUGGGAGCAAUAUUCGCAGCAAAACUCCACUAUCGAUGAAGAGGAUAUAGUUGACGAGUCGAGAGAAAGAAUAAACAUAAAUUCCACAGAGCAAUCUUUAGAUUUUAUUUGUGAGAGAGCUCAAGAUCGUCAAAUCUCCACGACUACAACGGUAUUUCGCGCUUGGGAAAUUCCGGUGUAUCAGAACACUGGGCAAAACACUGAAAAUGGGCUGAAAUGUCGUUCGUGGCAAGAGUCACGGUAUUCGAUUGGCUUGAGCAACAAUUCCUUUGACAAUGAAGCGUGUUCUGUAGAACAAGGUGGUAAGAUACUUUCACACGAUAUUAUCAUUCUUUAUGUUUCAGAGACAAAUAAACGAUUGACCAGCGACAGACCUCGCAAAGAAAGGACUGCAUUUACAAAACACCAAAUCCGCCACCUUGAAUAUGAAUUUGCCCAUAGUAAUUAUCUGACACGUUUACGUCGCUAUGAAAUAGCAGUUGCUCUCGAUCUAACAGAACGUCAGGUAAAGGUAUGGUUUCAAAAUAGACGUAUGAAGUGGAAGAGAACAAAAGCAGGAUUAGGAAGCGGAUCAGAAAAAUUUUGA